AUGAGUUCAUAUGCAUUAAUUGAGAACAGAACUAAUAUCGAAGUCGUUUCUUCUGUAUUGACUUCAUUCAUAUCCAAUUCAUCUGAAAUAGCAUCCCUCGAUGUAUCAAAGAAAUCAGAACUUGUAUCUGCUCUUCUAUCUGAUCUUGAUGAAAAUGGGGUUCAACUAAAAUGGAAUGAUGAUGUAAGAUUACUAGCAUUACAAACUUUAAAGACAUUAGGUCGCGAUGUGAAUGGGUGUGAAUUAUUGUUUUCAGAUAAGGGAUUUUUAAUAUUAUUAUAUCACGCAUCACUUUUAUCAAAUGACAUGACCGAUACUCCCGUGGCGCAAGAAGCACUUACGUGCAUUGCUAAUGCGCUUUUAUUAAACGAAAGUACACGUGAUAUAUUCGAAAAGUAUAAUUGCGUACCAAAAGUCUGCCAUGGCUUAAAG